ACUUGGGAGCUUACAAGUGGUGUUCCACAGUCAAAAAGGAUAACUAUAUUCUUUUGAUAAAUCCCAGUCCCUUAAUUAAGGCACUGGGAUUUUUUAACAUCAAAGACAAAUCAGUGUACAUUGCCACACAGUUUGAAUGUCAUGCACCCUUCACAAAUCUGACCCCUAUUCCACCUCUGACCUUAUGCACCCAGUCCUUCAUGGCAGUGUCACCCAUGCACUUGUCGAGAGCAUUGGAGGACAGGACCAGGAUGAAAUUGCGUGCCCUCUGUACACUCUGGAUCAGUUUUUCCUGGAAUUUACCAGCCUCCAGCUUCUCCACAUCUAUAAAGACGCUGUAGCCGCGAACCUGCAAGUGCACCUUCAGAAGGCUUGGGACAGGGAAGAAAAUGAGGAAGUCAGAAAAAAACAUAGUUUUAGUACAGAGGCAACAUGAGGCUGUGGGCCGUGCUGCUGCUCGCUCUGCUCGCUCAGGCUUUAUCUGCAGAUGAGUCCUGUAUGGGUCGCUGUGAGAAUGGCUUUGACUCUCAGAAGAAGUGCCAGUGUGACUCCAUGUGCAAGUAUUACAAGAGCUGCUGCUCUGACUUUGAGGUUGUUUGUGGCAUGACGACUCGUGGAGACACGUUUGUGUUUGCAGAGGAUGAUGAUGAUGAUGAGUUGUUUGAUGGCACCCCUCCCUUGAGACGUACACAUGACAUCUCUCCUUUCACCGCCAUCAGUCGUCUGCUGAGGCCCACGCAGCAGCCCAUCUCAGACUUUGGUCGCAGACCACAGGAACAUCCAGAAACCACACUAGAAAUGACCAAACCCCCACGUCCGAUGGAUGCCACGCUUGAGAAAAUCCCUGUUACACAAGAAACACCAGUUUCACACACAAUGCCACCUCCACAGAAUGACCCAAUUACGACCAAGCCCCCUCGGACAGAUGCAACAGUGACCACUGUUCCUGUCACAACAGCCACCACUGAAGCCCCCGACCCAGACGCAGUGGCCUGCAGUGGGAGGCCUUUUGACUCCUUCAUGCAACUGAAAAAUGGCUCCAUGUAUGCUUUCAGAGGGGACUACUUUUUUGAACUGGACCAGCAGUCAGUGCUUCCUGGUUAUCCAAAGCUCAUAAAGGACGUGUGGGGCAUCAGCGGGCCGAUUGAUGCUGCCUUCACCCGCGUCAACUGUCAAGGGAAGACUUACAUCUUCAAGGGAAACAAGUACUGGAGGUUUGAUAACGGUGUGCUGGAGGAGGACUAUCCUCGAGAUAUCAGCGUGGGCUUUGACAAAAUCCCUGAUCAUGUGGAUGCAGCGUUUGCUCUGCCUGCUCCUGGUCACAACGGAAAAGAGAAGGUCUAUUUUUUCAAAGCGGAUCAGUAUUACAAGUAUGAGUUCUUGCACCAGCCGUCCCAUGAAGAGUGUAUCACCAUGUCUGAGACGUCUCCGUCCACAGUGUUCAGGCGCUACACUGACGUAUACUACAACAACUAUGAACAUUUUUUUAGCGAGCUCUUCACUGACUUGCCUCAGCAUCACGACAAACACCACUUCAUUGAGAGGGACUGGAAGGGCGUCAAGUCUCCAGUGGACGCUGCCAUGACAGGCAGAAUGUACGUCCCUCCCAGGAGGGCCACGCGUCGCCGCAAUGACUACCGGCCUGGCCAGCAGUGGGAUCAACAGCAAGGGCAGCAGUGGGGUCAACAGCAAGACCAGCAGUGGAACCAGCAGUGGGGUCGUAGGAGGCAAAGCCGUUCGCCCUUCUGGGGGUCUAUGGGACAGGACUUUGCGGAAAGGGGGAUGGAAAUGGGUCUGAGGUUGGCAGAGAGGAGGAUGGAAAUAGAGGAGAGGCUCGGACGAGACUGGGACAGACAGUGGGAUCAAGACUGGGACCAGAACAGACGAAGAGAUGGUUACCGCCAGAACAACAGAGGCAACUACAACUCCAGAGAUGACAGUUCGCACUGGGAGUCCAUCCAGAGGAAUCUGCCCAUGCAGAGCGUCUACUUCUUUAAAGGAGAUAAAUACUACAGAGUGGACCUCAGGAGCAAGAGAGUUGACCCUGCCGUGCCUCCAUAUCCCAGAUCCAUCGCCAAAUACUGGCUCGGCUGUUCAGGCACCUCCGGGGCAGAGAAGUAGUUUCAAAUGUUUAUAUUAAAAGUGAUCAUUUUAUACUAAAUUUGUAUAUAAUGAAUGAUUUUUUUGAACAUGCAGUGUUGGCUGUAAAAGAAAAAUAAAUAUAUAAAAAAGCUGGUCAAACAUGUUUAGUGUAACACAUAACAAGCUGCUCGUCAACUUCAGCAAAUAUUGGAGAUCAGUGAAAGUCCACACACUGCUUGUCAGGGCCAAAGUUCAGCUGCUUGAUUUUAUGAAAUCUGUUGUCAACAGGUACAAGGUUUUAUAUUUUAAAGAUUCACUGCUUCUCAUUUCUUAUUUUUCAUUGUCAUAAUAAUUAACAAGCUUGUUACAUUGCAUCAUUGGCAGAAUAUAGCAUUUACUAUAUUAAAGUACUGUAUUAAAGUACAAUUUUGAGUUUGAGUUUAUUAUACUUUAUAAUUCUACUACACCACAUUUCAGAGGGAAAUAUUGUCAUUUUUACUGCACUACAAUAAUAAUUUGCAGAUUUUACAUACAAUCCAUAUGAUGAAUUUUAGAGCUCAAACUAACCAGGAGUAUAUAAAGUAGCUCCCCUCAAUCAGAUGUGUGAAUAUGUGUGAAUGCAGCGGUAAUAAUAUUCCAAUAAUAUGACAUACAUAUAUAUAUAAUACUAUAUCACUCAGGGGCCACUCUGACCUUGUGUGUGUACUUUUAAGUAGUGUUGUAGUCAAGACCCCCCAAAUCGAGACCAAGUCAAGACCAAGACCAGAGUUUAUCUUGGUCUUGACUGGUCUUGAA